AUGCUAGAGGAUGAUCUGAACGCACGGUUCUUACCUCCACUGGCUCCACUAUCUUUUGACUUCUUUUUUGGCCUGCAAGGCUUGGCUUACCGACCGUGCAACCCAUUGUCAAGCGGUGGUUUCCCACUUGAUCAAAACUGCGCCAGACCACGCCGGACAACUCUCUCAUCGUCCGACGCAACCCUUCCUCUACUUUCAAAACCCGUUUCAUCUGCAACCGAAAAACUGGAGCUGCCAUCGAUUUCGCAGGUCCAUACCCGCGGUCCUGCUGACAUCCCCUGGUACAAUCAUCACGCGGCGGAAAGACCGUUAUUGUCCGGCGACAAACUCCCCGCUCUCAGCCUGCCGACAGCCACCCAGGGCCUCUCCCGACCCGCCUAUCACGAUCCAUCCGUGACCAGUUCCACUCGCACAAGUCUGUCUGGUGUUUCCGUCCCGAACGAGCCCAGGAGCCCGCCUGCGGACCUAUCUGGGACCCAGGGCCGGCUUUCGCUAGACUCUUCUGAAUACAGUAUCCCCCCCUCGGUCAACGACGGGUACUAUCCUAGCCCGACCUCUCUCGGCAGCAUGAACCAAGCCCCCUACAUGGACGUCCAUUCUUCACACAUGUCUUCUGCUCAGUCAUACGCUCCCCAGGGCGCUACCGCAGGCGCAAUGUCCCAUUACUCGUACCACCCACAACCCCCAGUGAUGCAGCCUGCAUCUUCUUAUCCACCGGCGGGGUAUCCUCAGUAUGGAUACAAUGGCGUGACUUCCCCGGCCACCGGACAUCCUCCCAGCACCAUGGGCGGCCAGAUGCCCGCGCAACUGCUACCUUUGCCUGGUAAGCUUCACAGCCAAAACGUUGAUGAUUAUUCUGAUCGUUAUCAAGUGAACAAUCACGGCGUGGCUCCUACAGGCUAUGGAAACACAACUGGAGCUCCUCUCCAAGGCUAUGUUUUCGAUCCGACAGGUCAAGUGGCCCCCCCUGGGGCAAAGCCUCGAGUGACAGCUACCUUGUGGGAAGAUGAGGGCAGUCUCUGCUACCAGGUGGAGGCCAAAGGAGUCUGUGUGGCGCGACGAGAGGAUAACCACAUGAUCAAUGGCACCAAGCUAUUGAACGUUGCUGGUAUGACCCGUGGGCGACGUGAUGGCAUCUUGAAGAGCGAGAAACUUCGCCACGUUGUGAAGAUUGGUCCAAUGCACCUGAAGGGUGUCUGGAUCCCGUUCGAGCGCGCUAUGGAAUUUGCGAACAAGGAGAAGAUUACUGAUCUUCUUUACCCGCUCUUUGUGCACAACAUUGGUGGUCUCCUCUACCACCCGGCCAACCAGACCCGGACAAACCAGGUCGUGCAAGAGUCUCAGCACCGACGCCUAGAGGGACCUCCCCUUGGCCCGCAGCGCACACCCUCAGGACCGCAGCAACCGCCAGGUCUGCACCACCACCAUUCUCUCCAGACCCCGAUGUCCUCGCACAUGUCUCAAGGCCCAAUGAGCGGCCCCCCAGGUUCUCGACCAGGUCUGGAGCGUGCUAACACCUUCCCCACCCCACCUGCCAGCGCAUCCAGUAUAAUGGGUGUGCCCAACCAAGGCAACUCAUACGAAUGGGGAGGACAAGUGCCUCAAACGCAGCCGUUGUCCAUUGACACCACGUUGAGCAAUCAGCGGUCGAUGCCCACAACGCCAGCAACAACCCCUCCAGGUGGUAACAUGUCAGGUCUCCCCUCCUACCAAAACCAAGGUUACGACAAUGGCAAGCCCUACUACUCUGCUGCCCCGCAAUCCCACCCCCAAUACGCCCCUCACACCCCCCUGACCCAAUCCGGCAUGUCCAGCUACGGCCAGUCCCUGCCGGCGGGGUACAUGAAAAAUGAAAUGGCACCGCCCAACCCACGCACAGGUGCAUCAGAGCCCGAAUCUGCAGAGCGCCCUCAAGACCGCUACUCAAACGAGGAACACGACCAGGAGUACAUCCAAGACCAGGGCUACAACUCAAACCGUAACUCUUACACGUACACCACCAACCCCUCCGUCUCCAACCUGACAGAGCACGCCCAACUCACUCCAGAGAUGACCAGCUCUCCCUCCCAACAGAACGGCUCCGGUCGCAUGACCCCGCGCACCUCUGGCCCAGCCCCCCACUGGGCCUCCGGCUACAAUACUCCUCCCCGUCCUGCUGCGGCCACAACCCUCUACAACGCGGUCAGUGACACCCGGGGCACACCCGCCAACGGCACCACAGACCCAUACAUGGCCUCAACCUCGACACCCGUCUACGCUGCCAACAACUCCCUCAGCGCAGGCAGCAAGCGCAUGCGCGACGACGAGGAGUCCAUCCGCCCCGAGACCGCAACCGAGUAUGAAACCUCCAAGCGCCGGAAGACAAUCACAGACGCCACACUUGGCGGACCAGUCGGUGGACCCCCCAUCCUGCAACCCAUGAAGCCAAGCAGCAUGAUGGCCCGACACCGCUGA